UCUCCUAAGCCGGUUAGAUGAGUAAUUAAAUUAUUGCCGCCGCCGCUGCAUCCCAACCCCACUCGUUUCUGCGCCAUGACAACCGCCGCGGCGGCCGUGCCAUCGCCGCCGUUUCCCACCAGCAGCUUCGCCUUAGGCCAGCGCCGCUGCUGCGUCCCAUCUCUAUUUGUUCCCCCCGAAGGAGGCGGGCGGCGUGGAGGUUCAGAUGGAGCCGGAGCAGCGGGGCCGCAGCAGCACCGGCAAUGGCAUGGGCAGCGCCAAGCCGUCCAUGGAGGGGCGCGGGUCGUACGAUGCGCUGCUGUGGGUGUCGCGGGAGCUCAAGGACGCGCUGUCCUACCUGCAGCAGCCGGGUCCGGAGACGGACAAGAACAAGGUGGCCAAGAUCAGGGACGCCGUGAAUGCCGGCAAGAGCUUCUGUGGCCGGCUGCUCAACUACCGCAAGGACGGCACGCCGUUCUGGAAUCUCUUCACCGUCAACCCCAUCCGCGACGACAACGCAAGGUCACCAAGUUCAUCAGGUACGGCGUGGUCACCAUUGUAGCCGUUCGCCACGAAGACACAUAGCAAGUGUUUCCUGCCAGACCUUUCCUGCAUCCUACUUCCUCCUCCCGUCCCUGUUUGUCUGCUUAAAAAAGUAUGUCUAAUUACUCUGGUACUGCAAAGCAUCUGCUGCUGGACUGUGGUUAGCACGAAUUUUAUUUUCGCUGAAUGGACAAGACUGUAGGGUGCCGGGACACCCGGGCGUCGUCGCACCUUAUCGUUGAUGAAAUUCAUAAGUCAAUUGUUAGUUUA